AUGAAUUCUUGGUUCACCAUCUCCCUCUCUCUCUUCUCCUUCUUCUUCAUCAAAAUUUUCAGUACUGAAGCUGCCCCCACUUACCUAUUUCAUGCUUGUCCAAACACCACCCUCUUUACUCCUAACUCCGCCUACCAAUCCAACCUCAACACCCUCCUCUCUUCCCUCUCCUCUGCCGCCGCCGAUGGUGCUGACGGCUUCGCCAACGCUACUGUCGGCCAAAACUCUCCGGACCAGCUUUAUGGGCUUUUCCUCUGCCGCGGUGACGUCAAUACUGCCACAUGCAGCGACUGCGUGGCCACCGGAAAACAGGAUAUACUCCAAAGAUGCCCCAACCAGCGAGUCUCCGUGAUCUGGUACGAUGAGUGUAUGUUGAGGUACUCCGAUGGGUCCAUCUACUCGGUCAUGGAACAAGUGCCUUCUUUCAAGAUGUACCACACCAGGAACAUCACCAAUCUAACCCAGUUCAUGCUAGUCCUGGGAGAGACCAUGGACGACAUCACUGCGAGGGCUUCAGUCGUGCACACCAGACUUGAUGGUGUCCGAGUGCAACACAUGCCUCCGGGCGGCAAUCGCGGGCCUCCCACAGGGGAAGCAAGGUGGGAGGUUGUUCACCCGAGCUGCAGCAUGAGGUUCGAGCUGUACCCAUUUUAUAAUGCCUCGGCCAUGGCAGCCCUGGUGCCUCCGCCGUCCUACCUUCAUUCUCCUCCUGCUCCCGUGACCAGACGUAAAGCACUUCAAAGCAGCACAAUUUACAACAUAACUGCAUCAAGUCCACUGGUUCAGAACCAAACCCUGGUCUCUAGUAGUCAAAUCUUUGAGCUUGGGUUCUUCACGCCUAAUGGAUCAGCAAAGCAGUACCUAGGAAUAUGGUACAAGAACAUGACUCCCUCCAAAAAAGUCUGGGUGGCCAACAGGAACAAGCCAAUUGGACACACAGAUAAAUCUGCGAGUUUAAUAAUUGGCAACGAUGGAAAUCUGAAGCUUCUUGAUGGGCAAAAAAAAAACACUGUGUGGUCGACUAAUGUCAUGGCAAAGUCAAAUUAUUCUGCAGCCCUCCUUUCAGACUAUGGAAACUUUGUUCUUCAAGACAGGAAUGCGAAUAUAUUGUGGGAAAGCUUUGAUGAGCCAACUGACACUCUCCUGCCAAACAUGACGAUUGAGUAA